UCCAUUUGUAAUAUUUAGGGACAAAAGAGUAAAACGAUCGACUGAAAAUGACGUAUCUUACUCGUUUUGUCUUCCAAAAACUUUAGAACAAUUGGACCUCCAUUCAAACGUUAGAUCAUAUGCUAGUAGAAGAAUUGCAAAUUUAACUUUAAUUGACGGGUCAAAUUUAAAAAUUGUAAAUAUGGCUAACAUUACACUCCGAGAUUGUAAUGGUACGAUUUAUGGCAUUGAAAAUUUAGAGUAUUUGGAUAUGUCAGGAUUCAUCUGCAAAGUAUUGAGUGUUCAUCUUCUGUCACAUUUUCCUAAACUGAUUACUCUCAUUGCACAAAAUGCUAAUCUUGGAAUCGGUUUGAAUACCCUUAAAACUGCUUCAGAAUUUCUAAAGAUGAAUUUACAUCUACAACACAUUGACUUGACGAAAAAUAGCAUACAGCAGCUACCAGAUGACUUAUUUGAUCAUCUUUUUAGACAUAAGCUUUCUAUCAUAUUGGACAGAAACAACUUACAAUCUCUACCGAACUUUCCGUCGAAACCAAAUACAAUUCAACAAAUCAGUCUGAAAUAUAAUAAAAUUUCGUGUCUAAGCAAAGACAAUAUCGCUAACCUUAACAUAAUAAAACCUUCAAGUGUAUUUCUUCGUGGAAAUCCGAUUGAAUGCUCAUGUAAUACGUUAAGUUUUCUUAAAUGGGUGCACCAUUCAGGUUUUAUAAGUGAUGUUGAUGAAAUAGAAUGCGUCCUCCAAAAUGGGACUCUUGCAAUUUUGUCUCAUUUCUUGCGAAAUCUAAAAACAUAUGAAAUCAGUUGUCAAACAGAAUUAUGGAUAACAUUGGCAAGUUGCAUUACAUCUUUCACCAUAGUGGCUUUAAUCUUUGGAAUAGUAUACUAUCGCUACCGAUUUGCAUUUGAAUAUUUCUUUCUGAGAAUUAAGAUGAAACUAAGGCAUUACCAGCCUCUUUUGGAAGAGUUCAAUUAUGAUGCAUUUAUUUCAUACAGUCAUACCGACAAAACUUGGGUUAAAACUCUCCACGACAAGUUGGAGCCGAAAGGAUUCAGUUUCUGUAUAGAUGAUAAGGAUUUCUUAGCUGGAGUAAAUAUUGCUGAGUGUAUCGUUAAAGCUAUCAAUUCCAGCAGAAAGGUUAUAUUUGUUAUCACUGAAGAAUUCCUAAAGAGUAACUGGGGCACGUAUGAAAUAGAAAUGACAAGAAUGCAUGCCUUCAGAGAGGGUCGUGAAUCAAUGAUUAUUAUUAUACUGAAGGAUAACAUUAAAAAAGACAAACUUCCAAAGGCCUUGAAGGAAAUCUGGUAUAAGGUCGUCUGUAUAGUCUGGCCAUCUGAUUCCGAGGCUCCAUAUAAUUCAGAGGAAAUAUUCUACGAGAAGCUAUGUAUAACAUUAUCAGACGGUCGUAUGAGAAUAAGUGAUGAUAACUGUUUAAUGUAAAAGAUCAACAUAUUGCAGUUUUGCAAAGUUCAGAUAAAUGAACAAAUACAGUACACUAAUUAGGGACAGAAUUUUAAAAGAAACAGGUUAAAACAUGAUUAACUUUAUGAACUUAUGAACUUUUAAGUGUAUUACAAAUAUGUCAUUUG